CAGAUGAUGACAGGCCACAAACCUGAGCUAGUUGAAAUGGCGCUCAUCACCACUAACCCCUACGACUUCCCAAUGUGCAGCCAGGGACAGAUCACUGUGGCCAGCAUCAACGACAAUGAAGAGUUGGAUGCCACAGAUGAUGCCAUUACCAUCCUGGGCUUCACUAAUGAAGAGAAGGUUGGCAUCUACAAGCUGACAGGAGCUGUAUUGCACCAUGGAAACUUGAAAUUCAAGCAGAAGCAGCGUGAGGAGCAGGCUGAGCCAGACGGCACAGAGGUGGCUGAUAAAAUCGCCUACCUGCUGGGCCUGAACUCAGCUGAGAUGUUGAAGGCUCUGUGCUACCCCAGAGUGAAGGUCGGCAACGAGUAUGUGACCAAGGGACAGACUGUGCCUCAGGUUAAUAACUCAGUCAGUGCUCUGGCCAAGUCCAUCUAUGAGAGGAUGUUCUUGUGGAUGGUCAUCCGUAUCAAUGAGAUGUUGGACACCAAGAAUCCAAGGCAGUUCUAUAUCGGUGUGCUUGACAUUGCCGGGUUUGAGAUCUUUGAUUACAACAGCAUGGAGCAGCUGUGCAUCAACUUCACCAAUGAGAAACUGCAACAGUUUUUCAACCACACCAUGUUCGUCCUGGAGCAAGAGGAGUACAAGAAGGAGGGAAUCGUCUGGGCCUUCAUUGACUUCGGCAUGGACUUGGCUGCCUGCAUUGAGCUUAUUGAGAAGCCAUUGGGCAUCUUCUCCAUCCUUGAAGAGGAGUGCAUGUUCCCCAAGUCUUCAGACACCACCUUCAAGGACAAGCUGUACGCCCAGCAUCUUGGCAAAACAAAUGCGUUUGAGAAGCCCAAGCCUGCCAAAGGCAAGGCAGAGGCCCACUUCUCCCUGGUGCACUACGCCGGAACUGUGGACUACAACAUCACUGGCUGGCUGGAGAAGAACAAGGAUCCCCUGAACGACUCAGUUUGUCAGCUGUACCAGAAGUCCGGAGUCAAAAUUCUGGCUGCCCUGUAUCCCCCUCCCCCUCCUGAGGAUAAAGCCAAGAAAGGAGGCAAGAAGAAGGGUGGUUCCAUGCAGACAGUGUCCUCCCAGUUCAGGGAGAACUUACAUAAGCUGAUGACCAACCUGAGGAGCACUCAUCCUCACUUUGUGCGCUGCCUGAUCCCCAACGAGUCAAAGACUCCAGGUCUGAUGGAGAACUUCCUGGUUAUCCACCAGCUCAGGUGUAAUGGUGUACUGGAGGGUAUCAGGAUCUGCAGAAAGGGCUUCCCCAGCAGAAUCAUCUAUGCUGACUUCAAGCAGAGGUACAAAGUACUGAAUGCCAGUGUCAUCCCUGAGGGCCAGUUCAUGGACAACAAGAAGGCUUCUGAGAAGCUGCUUGGGUCCAUUGAUGUGAAUCACGAGGAUUACAAGUUUGGACACACCAAGGUGUUCUUCAAAGCCGGUCUGCUGGGUGUCCUGGAGGAGAUGAGAGAUGAGAAGCUGGCCACUCUGGUCGGCAUGGUCCAGGCUCUCAGCCGUGGAUUCCUCAUGAGGAGAGAGUUUAGCAAGAUGAUGGAGAGGAGAGAAUCAAUUUACGCCAUCCAGUACAACAUCCGCUCAUUCAUGAAUGUCAAAACUUGGCCAUGGAUGAAGUUGUACUUCAAGAUCAAGCCCCUGCUGCAGAGCGCUGAGACUGAGAAGGAGCUGGCCAACAUGAAGGAGAACUAUGAUAAGAUGACGGCAGACCUGGCCAAGGCUCUGUCCACAAAGAAGCAAAUGGAGGAGAAGUUGGUGGCCUUGACGCAGGAAAAGAACGACCUGGCACUCCAAGUCGCAUCUGAAGGAGAGAGUCUGAACGAUGCUGAGGAAAGGUGUGAGGGGCUCAUCAAGAGCAAGAUCCAACAGGAGGCCAAACUCAAAGAGACGACCGAGAGGCUGGAGGAUGAGGAGGAGAUCAAUGCUGAGUUGACUGCCAAGAAGAGGAAGCUGGAGGAUGAGUGCUCUGAGCUGAAGAAGGACAUUGAUGACCUGGAGCUCACCCUGGCCAAAGUGGAGAAGGAGAAGCACGCCACUGAAAACAAGGUUAAAAACCUGACAGAGGAGAUGGCGUCUAUGGAUGAGAGUGUUGCCAAGCUGACCAAGGAGAAGAAAGCCCUCCAAGAGGCCCACCAGCAGACACUGGAUGACCUGCAGGCAGAGGAGGACAAAGUCAACACUCUGACCAAGGCCAAGACCAAGCUGGAACAGCAAGUGGACGACCUUGAGGGUUCUCUGGAGCAAGAGAAGAAGCUCCGUAUGGACCUUGAGAGAUCCAAGAGAAAGCUGGAGGGAGAUCUGAAACUGGCCCAGGAGUCCAUAAUGGACCUGGAGAAUGACAAGCAGCAAGCUGAUGAGAAAAUCAAGAAGAAGGAGUUUGAGACUACCCAGCUCCUCAGCAAGGUUGAGGAUGAGCAGUCUCUGGGAGCUCAGCUGCAGAAGAAGAUCAAGGAACUCCAGGCCCGUAUUGAGGAGCUGGAGGAGGAAAUUGAGGCUGAGCGUGCUGCCAGGGCUAAGGUUGAGAAGCAGAGGGCCGAUCUCUCCAGGGAACUUGAGGAGAUCAGCGAGAGGCUGGAGGAGGCCGGAGGCGCCACUGCUGCUCAGAUUGAGAUGAACAAGAAGCGUGAAGCUGAGUUCCAGAAGCUGCGUCGUGAUCUUGAAGAGUCCACCCUGCAGCAUGAGGCCACAGCCGCCGCUCUGCGCAAGAAGCAGGCCGACAGUGUGGCUGAGCUCGGGGAGCAGAUCGACAACCUGCAGCGCGUCAAGCAGAAGCUGGAGAAGGAGAAGAGCGAGUACAAGAUGGAGAUUGAUGACCUCUCUAGCAACAUGGAGGCUGUCGCCAAGGCUAAGGGCAAUCUGGAGAAGAUGUGCCGUACUCUUGAGGACCAGCUGAGUGAGCUCAAGACUAAGAAUGAUGAGAAUGUUCGCCAGGUCAACGACAUCAGCGGACAGAGAGCCAGACUCCUGACAGAAAAUGGUGAGUUUGGUCGCCAGCUGGAGGAGAAGGAAGCCCUGGUGUCUCAGCUGACCAGAGGCAAACAGGCCUUCACCCAGCAGGUGGAGGAGCUGAAGAGGGCGAUUGAGGAGGAGGUCAAGGCUAAAAACGCACUGGCCCACGGUGUUCAGUCUGCCCGCCAUGACUGUGACCUCCUGAGGGAGCAGUUUGAGGAGGAGCAGGAGGCCAAGGCAGAGCUGCAACGCGGCAUGUCCAAGGCCAAUAGUGAGGUGGCUCAGUGGAGGACUAAGUAUGAAACUGAUGCUAUCCAGCGCACAGAGGAGCUGGAGGAGGCCAA